UGAAAUGACAGUCACUUUCAGGAGGGCUUACAGAGGAAAUAGCAUACACGCACUUUAUUUAUUUUCUUAUUCAGAAGUGACAGUAGUCUUUCAUGUGGCCAGCAGUUCGAGGAUUUGAGUUCUGUUUUAUAAAUACAAUAUUUGCAAAGUAAAUAAGCAGUCUAGCAAGCCUUGUGUCAAAGAAUUCUGAACUUGAAAGAAGCAGGGUCAGAGCAGCUUUGACGGGGAAGGGCAGCAUCAGGAGGACUCGGGUGAGGGUUUGUCCAGUCAGGAUGUCCCUCCUGAAGGAGGCCAGCCCCAGGCUGUGGAGUAUCCGGAGCUCGGAGCAGGUGGCUCUGGCUAAAAGAGCAGCACAGAUCACAGUAGAGCUUCAACAAGGAGUGACAUGGCCUUACAAGAAUGUGAUUGAUUGUUCUUGGGGUGACCUACACAGAGGAGGACUAAAGCCUUUAACUUUUGUCCGCCAGGUUGUUGCAGCCUGUUUGUACCCCUCUUUGCUAAACUGUGAGGUGCUGCCUGUUGAUGUACAACAGAGAGCCAAGGGCUUGUUAGAGGAGUGCGAUGGUGGAAGCGUAGGCUCAUACACCUCAACUUCUGGGAUCCCCAAAAUUGUACAGAGUGUGUCUGAGUUCAUUUCACAAAGAGAUGGGAUUGGGCCAUCCUCACCAGAGAACAUUUUUAUCACCACUGGUUCUCAGCAUUCCUUUAUGAGGGUGCUGAAGAUUUUGGUCAAGGAUGAAGGCUCCAUACAGACUGGCGUGCUUUCGCCUGUACCCUCACAUCCCGACUUCAACAUGGCACUGUCAAUGCAAGGAGGUGCCAUGGUGCCUUACCACCUGUGUGAGGAGCAGGGCUGGGAACUGAAAGUGGAUGAGUUGAGCAGAGCCCUCCAUGCUGCCAGGGGGCACUGCAAUCCCAUGGCACUCUAUGUUAUUAACCCUGGCAACCCAACGGGUCAAGUCCAGAGCAGGAAGUCUAUUGAGGACGUGAUUCGAUUUGCUGCUGAGGAAAAGCUGUUCCUGCUGGUAGAUGAGGGAUACCAGGAUAGUGUGCAUGAUCCAGAGUGUGAGUUUGUGUCUUAUAAGAAAGUGCUUUUUGAGAUGGGCCCACCAUAUUCCAACUCUGUGGAGUUGGUCUCCUUCAACUCCAUCUCGAAAGGAUACUUUGGCGAAUCUGGUCUGCGUUGCGGCUAUGUGGAGUUUGUGAACCUGGACCCUGCAGUGAUGGGACACGUGUACACCUUGUUUUCCAUUGACUCCUGCUCACCUGUCUUAGGGCAGAUCAUUCUGGAUAUCAUGGCUCAUCCACCACAACCAGGAGAUCCUUCCUACCCAACAUUCUCUGAAGAAGUCAGAGCCAUAAAGAACACACUGGCCAGUAAUGUGCACAGGAUCCAAACAGUUCUUGGUGCCCUACUUGGAAUCAGUGUCCAGCCCAUCAAAGGGGGCAUAUUUGCUUUCCCUCAGGUCCAUAUCCCACCACGUGCCAUACAGCAGGCUAAGGAGGCUGGCAUAGAGCCUGAUGUUUUCUACGCCAGUUGCCUUCUGGAGGAGACUGGGCUGUGUGUGGGAGCAGGCUGUGAGCAUGGCCAGAGCAAAGACACUCACCACAUCAGACUGUGCAUCGCAACCCCAACAGAGAACAUGGAGGAGGUGCUGAACAGGCUGUCCACAUUCCACCUCAGCUUCCUGAGCCGCUUCUCCUGACCAGGCUGAGGACACGACUCCUGCGGUGCCCAUCUACGUGUCCAUGAUCUGAUGAGCUACUGAGACUGGCAUUGACAGCCAUCACAAAACCGAUUGAAUCACUGAUCAUAUGGAUGGCUUCUUCCACAAUGCCAGUGCUAUUUAAUCAAUGAAAUGUAAGGCUGAAUGAGCAGUCAACCUUAAGUUGAUAAAAAAAAAUCACAAAAAAGUUUGGAUUUAUGGAAUUGUCUUUCUAGUAUGCAUUUCAACAUCAAAUAUACAUAUACUGUAUAACAAUGGAACAUAAAUCCUUUUUAGUUUGAGUUAAAUAACAAGUUAAAUGUGCCAUGCAUUAAUGCAAAAUAAGCAUGAGUGCAUGAGCCACUGUGGCAAAACCAUUGUACUUUUUUACACUCAGAUGCACUUUGUCCAUCAUUCAGAUUAGAGUGCAAUGUAUUUUAAUACAAACUAGAAAAGCACUCAGAGAGUGCAGACCUCCGCCUGCAUUGUUCUUCCUAGGUUGUCAUACAUUUGAACCUAAACUAUUCAGAUUGCCACCACAUGGCCAUACCAUGC